AUGAACUUGCAACAUUUACCGAUUUAAUUUCACCAGAUCAUUACAGUAAAUUAGACGCUUCCUUUUGUUUCACAUUUCUUUUGGAUGUCUAAUCUAAAUGACGUUUUUCAUUCUUAUUUAAGAACGAAAACAGGAAAAUAUUCAAAAUGUUGGUUAGCUGCUACACUCAGUACAAAAAAGUUUCAACAAAAGUUUAGAUCGCAAACUGUUAAUGAAAUUAAUGUUUCUGAAAUAUGUGAUGAUAUAAAAAAUAUGAAUAUAACGAUGAAUAUUCGACGAUCUAAUAAAGAGAUUCUUUAUACGUCAUUCCAACUGAUGUAUGGUGCUACAAAAAUACAUUCAUAUCAAGUUUCUAAUUUAGAAAAAGAUAUAAUUGAACUGGAAAAAAUGCUUAACAAGGCUUCUGAUAAAAGAGAUAAUGAGAACGACAAACAUGACUCCUUAAACGUACUUACACCAUAUAGCGAACAAUUGCAUGAAAAUUUUAAAUUAUUACCUCAUGAACUGGAUAUUAAUACUAAACUUCAAAAUUUGAUGCAUGAAGCUGAAUGUUUAGAAUUUGGUGCUUUAACGGAACAAGAACUCAAUUUUCUAAAUCGACCCAAUGAAGAAAUUUCAACAGAAAUGUUUGAAAGAAUACACAUCACUGAUGUAAAUGAUAAAUCUCUUUACUACGCAAAUACUUUGCGAGAGUCUGAAGAAUUUUAUAUACCAUAUGAAAAAGCUGAAAAAGAAAUGAUAUUACAAGUACGCGAUGAAUUAAUUAUGGAUGGUGAAGAAUACUAUGAAACAUUGUCGAAAAUGCCAUUACCAGAAAUAACUGCUAAUGAAUUUGUACCAGAAGAAGGUACUCAUUCGAUAACUCGAAAGAGGCAGCCUACUGUACAAGAACAAAUAGAAACUCCAACUAAAAAAAGACGUUUAAAGUUCGAAGAUAUAAUAUUUCCAAGUAAUGUUGAAAUUACAUUACCAGAGGUCGAUGCAGUUCCUGUUGCUUUAGAACGUAUUACAGAAACUUUAGAAGAUUUAGAAUCAAUUUCUGACAUUUCCCAACAGAGUAAAAGUAAAUCUAAAAAAGUAAGAGUAUUUGCUGACAAAAAUACUCAACUCAGUCAUAAAGUAAUACGAAAGUGUAUCAAUAAUGUCAGAGUUAGUACCGUUCCAUUGAAAAUUUUCGAUGUAAAUACGUUAACAUUAGAACUUCUUUUUCAAGAAGUACCAGCAAGAUUUCUUUCCAUUCGCAAAAACAAAUGGAACAGUCCUUUAAAUAACCUUUUUUACACGCAUAAUCUUAUACCACCUACUAGAGUAGAUACGCUUAUGGAAUAUGAGUUAGAAAAACCAACUUUUGAAACUAUGCGUUUGGAAACAAAAGAUAACAAAACUCAAGAAUUGUCUGAAUUAUCCGGAUUAAUUCCAGAAACCAAAAAAUCUAUGAAAGAAACUAUUGCUGAUGAAAUAAAGACUUCACAGCUGGAAAUUGCAAUAUCAGAAAUUAACCAUCAAACCAAUAUACAGAAUAUAGAACAAGAUUUUGAAAUGUUAAAUAUUGUAGAAUAUGAUGUUCCUGACGUUACAAUGCAUGAGAAAGGAAUCGAUCAACCUUUGGAAACUUCGAAAUAUAAAGACUCACAUUUGACAAAAACUGAGUUACUUGCAUUAUUAGAAGUUCUCUGGCAUGACUCUGAAAUGGUUAAAUUCACUGAUCUUAUUUCUCCUGAAUCUUACAACAAAUUUGAUGCUUCACGUAGUUUUCUUCUACUUUUAGAAUUACAUCAAGAAAACAAGAUUAUUUUGGAACAAGCCACUCCUUAUGAUAUACUUUGGAUUAAAAAAUGUUAUAACAAUGACUCAGAUUAGGAAAUAUAAUGUAUUAUAUUUAAAGGUAAGCUACCUUUCCUUCAAACUUUCUAUUUAAUAUUAUACAGGUUCUUUACAUAAUUAAAAAUAGAUACAAAUAAAUAUACGAAUUAUUUAUAUUUAAGACGAAAACAAAAGAUUUUCCAUUCUUUUGGGUAAGAAAGAGUUAUAAACAAAACAGAAACUUUUUAUUUUUCUAACGAAAUAUUUGUUCUUUCUGCACAAUUUGAUAAUAGCGGACAAAAAUCAUUGUAAAUUGUAUUUAUAUUUUGUUUUAUCAUUAUUAUUAAUCCUCUUAUUAUUAUUUAUAUACAUUGUAAUAUAUAAAUAAUAUAUUUAUAAUUAUAGUUGUGCUUUAACAAAUACUCUUUAAGCAUGUGUUAAUUAAAUUAGCUGCUGAUAUAGAUAUACAGUUAAUAAGAAUACAAAAGUAUAUAUUAAAUUAUUUUUUAAAUAUUUAUGUACGUAGUAUUAAUAACGCAGUAUUACAACAUUAAAAGCAUAUUUAGUAGUUAUACUUAUGUAUCGGAAAGUUUGAAUAGUACACAUAGUCAUCUGAUAUAAAUCUACUUAGUUUUAUAUUGUGAAUUCUAUUAUAUUGCAAAAAGGCACACCAUAUUUAGGUUCUUCGUUGGUUUUUUAAUCAUUUUACAAACAUAUCAAAUAGUUGAAUAUUCAAUGCAAAAAUUCUACCAAACAAUUUUCUGAUUUUAAAAAUGUAAAUAUAUUUUAAAUUGAAAUGAAAUUGACUCAAAACUAUAUUUGCAAAAAGAAAAAUAC